UUUCGCUUCGAGGCCCACGGCCGACAGGUAUCUAGCAGUAGUGCAGCGCGCGUGGCCUUUGCCAUCCACAAAGAUUCGAGGAUCGAGGAAGCCAGAGCGGGGGUGGUCAGCCGAGCGAAGGGAGCCAUCCACAUCGUUGGUCGUUCACAGUCCGAAGCCCAGCAAGCAAAGCCCAUCCACCUUUGCUGCUUUAGUCCCAGCAUAUGUCGAGCAUGUCCUCGACGCCAUCCGCCGGCGCGCCUGCCCCUCCUGCAGCCUCUGCUGCCGCCGCGGCAGCCCUUCCCUAUAGCAAUGGCGGGCGACUACGGCGCGUCGACACACUGGACCUCAAGGCCAAGCUCGCCGCAGCCCUAGGUGCCAAUGGGAGACGAUAUUGGACCGCAUUCAUGGACUUUGUCUCGGCAAGAAUCAGUCGGGUCGAGUUUGAAGAAGAGGCACAGAUCUGCCUCAAGCCACAGCACAUACACCUUCACAACCAGUUCAUCCUUGGCAUCCUUUACAACGCAUCCGCCGAUGUCCCAGGCCCCUCCUCCCCCAAGUCAGGCUCCUCUGGGCUCCGAUCCAAGCGAGAGGGUCGGGGGACCAUCGUGGGCCUCACCGGUGAAAUACUUUCGGACUCAUCCGACGCCGAAGACGACCUCGACGGCAGCAUGCAGCUGCUGCAACCGCCGCGAAAGCGCUUGCGGGCACUGGCCGCAGGCCUCUCGAAGCGGGAUCGAGCAAGGGUCAAGAGCAUUGCAAAGGCAGCAACUUCCUCGAGAGCUCUGGCCAGCGGUGGAUCAGCCUCGCUGGGCUGGGCCGGUGCGGGUGCAGACAUGCUGGAGAAGAAGCGAAAGGAAGAGGACAAGAGGCGAACCAUGGAAGAAAAGAGGAAGGUAAAGGAGGUAUACACCGAGAUCGGCGCAAGAGACUGGAGAGAAGAGCUUGUGCAAAGUGCAAGGAGGAUGGUGGAUGUACACAACCGCUUGUCGCUCUCCACGCAACAAGCUGUUGCCAGAGGCCAGGCGAUGCCGUUGUGCGUCGAGUCCAAAGAACUUCCCAGCCGAGAGGCUCUGCAGGACAUAAUGACUGUCCAAGCAGUCGACAUUGGCCUUCCCGCAGGCGUACAACCACAGGCAGCAGCACUGCUCCUGGCUGCUCUCCAGUGCCAUCUGCAAAACGUGACGGCGAGCAUCAUCGCAAAGAUACGAGCCAAUCGGCAGACGGGCAUCCGCUCCUCAGGACCACGGCGGCCCGCCUCGGAAUGGCCCAUGCCCUCGAAGGCCACCGAAGCGCUCCAGAAGCUUCUCGUGGCCAGCGAUGGCUCCUCCUUCGAACACUCGCCCUUGGCUCCCCAAGACGAUUCUGGUCACAGCCUCAUGAUCGACAGCGGUAGCGCCACGUCAUCCUCGAGGGCUUCACCCGUCCGCGCUCUUCGAACGAUGGCGUCCGACUUGUCGAGCACAAACAGCUCAUCGGCUAACCUCGGCAUCCCCGGCAGCGGCAAUCAGACCAAUGGUGGACGGUCGCUGGCCGACGAGAGUAUGAUAUCGUUCGUCUCGACGGCGCCCACGAGCCUUUAUCCCGGUUCCACUUCCUCGAGCAGUGAAAAUGACCGCGAGAUGUUCUCCCAGCCCAAUGGGCGAUCAAACGACAUCGAGAACAACGUUCACGAGGAAGACCAGCGCGCAUACAAAGAGCUCUCCGAAGAGGGCAACAAUUCCAUCACCCUGCGAGAUCUCUCUUUCCUCCUCGAUGUCGCUCCCCACACGGUCGUCGAGCCGUUGGGUCUCGGCACUCAAUCACGCCUCCUUGCGCCUGAUUGGAACACUGCGGACGAGAAUGCUCAACGAGCUGAUGAAUCGUCCUACGAAGGCGUCCUCGCUCGAGAAGCUCGCUCGGCGGCCACGUCCAAAGUGUCGGAUGCCCAAGGCAGCGCGGCACCGUACCUGGCUUCCAACAGGGGUCAGUACGUCAUCGAUCAGCUUGCGCCCGUUCGCAUCCUUGAUCGGCAAGCCUUGGCCGAGACGCAGGCGAGCGAGGUGGCCAAUCGAAGCAGACGGAGGACGAAGGGUGGUCUCACUCUAUCAACAACUUCCGCGGAAAAGCCUGCGUCCGCCGCUGCCGCUGCCGCCGCCGCUGCUGCUGCUUCUGCCGCUCCGAGCUCGGCAACGACAGGUGACGAGGCGGGCGAUGAAAACUCGGCGCUGGUCAAGAAUCCGUUCAAACGAGAAGGCUCAAACAACCAGUCUGCCUCAUCGGCCGGAAGCUACCAUCACCACCACCGCGGUACCGAUCCGCACCUGUACGACGUCGUUGAUCCGGUCGCCCUCCUCGGCUCCCUCGUCAAUUGACAAUUAUCCUAAUGACGCAAUUGCCUUCUUUCUCACCCUAUCUCUUCUAUUAUCUUACCUUGUACCACUUUCACCCUGUAUCUCUUCGCUCUUGCUUGUGUCUACUACCUUACUUACAGAGUACUCUAUCUUGAAACGCACAAAUGUGUCCCAGGCAGGACAAAGAAGCUGUUGC